AUGAGCAGCGAUGAGCGCAGAGCUUGCCUCUCCAUGACACCAGGCUUUCAUCUCCGUCCGCCACCACCCCCUCACCAGCUCGAUUCGUUCAUCACCGACGACGGGAAGCUGUUCCAAACCAUACACAUGGGCAGGCCGAAUCUGGAUCAUAGCCUCUGGCAUCUCCGAAUCCAUGGUCUCGUCGAGCGAAGCUAUACUCUGACCCUCUCCGAGUUGUAUACUCUGCCCCGCACGACCAUCACGUCCUUCCACGAGUGCUAUGGCAGCCCACUCCAACCUCCUACCACCAAUCUCUGGCGCAUUGGAAACGUAGAAUGGACAGGAAUCCGUCUGCGCGACCUGCUCAAUCAUGCAAAGCCACUUGCCCAGGCAGCUUUUGUAUGGUCCGAUGGUCUCGACUCGGGCAGCUUCGGUGGCGUCUCGGCCGACAGGUAUCAGAAGGAUCUUCCCUUGGCCAAAGCCAUGUCUCCCGAGGUGCUGGUUGCAUACGAAAUGAACGGAAAAGCCCUCAGCCUCGAGCGCGGUGGUCCUGUACGUUUGGUCGUGCCGGGCUGGUUUGGCACUAAUAGCACCAAGUGGUUGUGCUCGCUGCAGCUGAGGGAAGAAAGGAGUUCUGGCCCAUUCACAACUACUUUCUACAAUGAGUGGGUUAGCAGUGGACGAAUGAGGCCGGUCUGGGACGUGGAGCCGAACUCGAUGAUGGUCAGCCCUCGGAAUGGGGACAUCCUGUUAACAGCAAACACUACAGAUGGCACAUCAACACUCGAUGCAAAGGUCUGGGGAUGGGCAUGGAGUGGCGACGGCAUUGAAGUGGUAGAAAUCAGUUUAGAUGAUGGAUUGAGCUGGAGAGGCACGACAGUCGCUCCGAGGUCACAGUGGGAGUGGCAAAGCUUCUCGAUUGUGCUGAAGCUGGACGUUGGCGUCCACAGAAUGUCGGCGAGGGCAACUUCGAACAGCGGUGUAAAGCAGGCGUUGCAAGGAAGACGUAAUCACAUUCAUCGUAUCAGUUUUCGAGUCGAGAGACCACCAUCGUGA